AUGGAUCAAACCAUGAUUGGGUUUCCUCAAUCUUUGACAGAGUUUCGUUCUAACUAUCCACUAACACGCAAGAAUAUUGAGGACAUCACACAACAAUGUCCAAAUUUAACAGUUUUGGUUAUCAACCCUAUUUAUUUUGAUGAUUCUAUCAUGUCAUUAGUACUUUCCAAUGUUUCACAAAAGAUUGAACAAUUUUCUCUCUUUUCUCGAGACACACUAUCAAAUAUAACUGGUUCAUACUUUUCAGUAUUUUCAUCCAAUUCAUUCUCCCAUUUGAAAAAGAUCAAGGUGGUAUGGAAAUCAACUUCUGAUGAAACAAUAUUGAAUCUUCAAAAGAAUUUGAGUCUCCUUUCAAGAACAUUAGAAAGAUUGAAAGUUGUUUUCACUAAUGAAUAUGAUUCCUCAUAUGAAUUAGAUACAUUGUUAGGUUGUCUCUGUAAUCUCUCCAACUUGUCUAAAUUAACAUUAGACUUUCCAAGAAAUUUUCAAUUUACCAUUGUAAAAGAAGAUAUUUUGGAACAAUUGAAAAGUUGUUUACAACUCAGAAUUCUGAAAAUUUAUGGAGGUACUAACGAAAUAGUUUGUUUUAAUGUUGUUAAGGCUUUGGCAGGACAACAUUUGGAAAAACUGUUGUAUCAUACUGAUACUUAUUUUGAUAUUGAGGAGGAACCAUUCUUUUUCCAUGAAUGUGAAGAUUUAAAAAUUUUGGAUCUGCAAGGUGAACAGCUCCAAGAUAAAAUUAUUCAUCAAAAUAUCCAAGCAAUAGUAAAUUGCAAACUGGAAGAAGUUUUAGGUGAGGCCAUUGAAGCUUCAGUUAUUCCUCAUUUACCUAGGAGUUCUCUAAAGGUUCUUAAUGUAAGGGUAACCAACGAGAAUGUUGAAUAUCUAAAAUAUCUUGGAGAAUUCAAGAAUUUGACAACAUUGAAAGUAUGCUUUGGUGAGCAGGUUACUAACUUACAAGAGUGCACUUUUCCAAGUAACAUUACUAAUCUUUCUUUUGUUGGAGAGAUUACUGGAGCAGAAAUUGGAUUCAAAGACUGGCUGCUCUCUACAAAAAUUUUAAAAGAAUUAGUGUUUUCAAGAUGUAAGAUUCAAGAUGAAUUUAUUAAGGAUAUUAUUCCCCUAUCUGAUGAAUUGGAUAUCCUAAAAAUAGAGUACAACAACGGCCUUACACAAGAAUCAACACAAUAUUUCAGACAAUUCACCAAUUGUAGAGUUUUACUGUUGGAAUGCUUUGACUCUAGAGUAUUGAGCGCAGAUUAUUCUCUUUUUGAACAAGAAGUUAACAGGGUUACCGUUAUAAUGAAAGAAGAAUCACCAAGCACAAAAUGGAUUUGCCCAACAAUUGAUUAUAAUGAUAUUGAUCAAGGUCUUUCCUAUGUAAGAGAAAGAAUGCAUGUAAGAGAAAUGAAAGAUGCAUGUUUAGCUAUUGAACAACUAUCCAGACAUGUUUUUUUAGACAUUUCGAAAGCCGAAAUUUGUAAACUUUUUCUGAGUGCUUUUCAAUAUGAAACUAAUGUGGACUUUUAUGGAAUAAUUGAUCUUUUGGAUGUACUAUGGAAAGAAGGAAAAAUUGUAUUUGAGGAAAAUAAUAUUCACGAUCUGGAAAAGUUAAUACCUCUAAUAUUAUCUCAAACUGAAUUUUGUGUUGUUGCUAAUAUUUUAAUGGAUUUAGGGAGGUUCACCAGUUUUUUCAAUUGUUUUGAGUAUAUCAUACAAUGUUUGAAUGAUAUUGAGUAUAAUAUUCAUAAUUGCACACAAAAGAUGAUCAGUAGAGUUUUACAUCAGUUUAUUGAUGGGAAACAAGAUAUUUGUAAUUUUUCUGGACAUGUUGUUAUUAAUACUGUUAUUGCAGUAGUGGAUUAUUUCCCACAAAAUGAUAGCAUUUUGGACUUUAUCAACCUAGUCAUGUCCAAUGAAUUUUUCAAAUCUUCGAAGAAAACCUUAGAACUUAUUGCAGAAAAGAAAGCAAAAAUAGAUGCAGAGUUCACAGAAACAGAAAUUGAGCCAAUAUUGAAACCUAUAGGAGAGGACCUUUUCCAAUUUGUGCAGGAGAAUAUUCCACCACAGAAAAAAGAUUAUACCAUUCAUAUUGCAGAUGUUAAGGUACCAAAAACUGGCCCUUUUAAUACUAGCUAUUAUUCUGAACCUUUCAUACGGUUUGGACACGAGUGGGUUGUGGAGCUUCUGCCAGAUGAUGAAGAUGAAUGUUUGGGCAAUUCUACAGUAUUUUUAACACUAAAUUCCACAAUUCCAGUAGAGAAUAAGCAACAGGUAUUUGAUAGAAUAAGACUCGACUUUUUUAUUUGUAAUUUUGAUCUAGAACCUCAAUCCUAUCUUGUUCACAGUAGAAAAUUCAUUAUGCCUGAAGCAUCUUAUGGAGUAUUUCUUGAUAAAACUCAUAUUGCCGCUUACUCAACAGAUGAGGAUGAUUUUCUCAAGUUUAAAUUUGUGGUUGGGAUGAAGAAAGUUGAGGAAGAACCAUUCAAACCUUUCAAUAAUAUUGAAAUGUUCCAUGUUGGAAGUAAGGAAUUAUCCUCAACUAAUUAUCCUCCUAUUGUUCAUAGAUGGGCAGCAGAGUUUCCAUUAUCCAUCCAUACUUUGACAUUUCGUGUUAGUCCUGAUAAUAUUGAUAGGUGUUGUUAUUCAGAUAAGUUCACAGCAUUUGGAGCCAAGUUUUCAGCUUGUUUCAAUCACUUGGGUGUUGCCAAAAAGGUUAAGGAUUUUAGAGAAAACUCAUCAAUAUAUCUAUAUCUAUCUUCCUUUGAUUACAAUGACAAAGAAAAUGAAUUGGAAUCAAUCAAAGUUAAGGCAAUAUUUGCAAAUUCUGAUUUCCACACAGAAUCAUUCUAUGUUUUCAAAAAUACAUUUCAAUCACUUACAAGUUCAGGAAGCACAAUACAAAGAGCCUACUAUCAACCCAAACUAAUCCAUGUAGAUGGAAAGCCUUACUAUGAAUAUGUUGUAAAUUGUUGUCUUGCCUUAAUGAGUAGAAAAACUUGUCAUCCAUUUGGAUACAAUAAAGAGGAAGAAGAGGAUGUUUGA